UCGAAAUCCAGGCUCGAGCUAAGUUUCCUUUCUUGGAUAACCUCCAUCGGAUUCAGCACAAGUGACUUAGCCAGAACCCUCGCGCCGCUUGUUUUGAUCAUGAUUUAUGACAAAUUCGCCCCUGACAAACGGAUUAAUCACUGCUAAGCAGCAGGGGUUUCAAGCAGCGUGCCCGAUUGAACGAGACCGGGCAGGCAGCACUGUGAUCAAUAGAGCAUCGAACCCCCCGCCAAGUCUCGAUUCGGGGAAAGUUAGAAAGUCACUGAACCAGCUACGACUGAAGCAUUUAAUCGCCAUGGGUCGACUACCAACCAGCGGGUACUGCCAAACAUGCCGGAAGAGACGAGUCAAGUGUGAUAAGGCACGUCCCACCUGCGCUCGUUGCAUUUCCUCCGGCCACACCUGCGGUGGCUACGAGCUCCCCAUGCGCAUGAAGGUGCUUGGCGUCCAUUCGGAGCAUGAUGGUACCCAACGGAUGGUGCAGGUCACUUCACCCGAACCCACCACUACCUUGGCGCGCCUGCCACAUGUGCCGUCUCCCACAGCCGACUUACGCCUUCUCCGUAACGAACAGCAGACGUCCCCGCCCUACUUUUUUGCCAAGUACGGCUGGGCCCCGUUGUGGCGCCCGCUCAUUCUCUCCGUCACGACCAGCGGGUUCCCCGAGAUUAAUAGAGUCUGUUUCUAUGCCAUCUCGUAUGGAUACACGGGUCUUGGCCGUGGGGAUAGCGCCCUGAAGGCCCGAGGCGGCCAACUCUAUGGGCAUGUCUUGCGUGAAGUCCACUCAUUGUUGUUGCAACCUGCCAAGCCCCAGCUUGCUGAACUGUGUUCCACCUUGAUAUUGAUGGCCAUGUAUGAGUUUGCCAUGAACAAGAUCCGCGGAGACGCGCCUCCCCACCACGCCGGUAUCACAAACAUCCUACAGUACUGUGGCCCGGAUAUAUUUCAGAAUGACAAGCUCCUCCCCGUGUAUCGGUCGUGCAGGACUUUGCUUAUCUGCCAGGCACUCUUUCGAAAAGAACGCUGCUUUCUCGAAGAUGAACCCUGGAAGACUCUACCAUGGCAGAAACUACCAAAGACCUUCGAGGAUCGUCUCUUGGACAUCAUCGUCGACCUGCCCGGUAUAGCCGAGGCUGUGGUUGGCCAUCACGACCGAGCUGCCUGCCUCGACAGGAUCAACACGGCAGCCACGGCGUUACAGGUUUGGCGGUGGGACUGGCACAGAGCCCACUCGCGUUCUGCACACCUAGUCCGACAUCCCGGAAGUCCCGCUGACAAAACACGCACGAUGCCUUUCGUGGUCAGCCUGAUGCUGCAAGCCAACUUGGAAUUCGACUCGCCGCGGCUGGCGCUCGAUGUCCUGUACUACAACGCCGCGCUACUCUACCUGAUGCAGCUCGACGCCUGCGCCCGCGGCCAACCAUCACAACAACCCGAGCGGCUGUCGCCCGAAGAUGAAAGGUAUGUCCGUCGGCAGGCGGCAGCGGCCGCGGCCCAUGACGGCAAUCCCCUUCUUCUUCCGGGACAGGCCAGGUUCCGCUGCCAGGCCGCGGCCGAGGCGUAUAUGACGCUCUCUUGCAUCACUAGGAUGCUGGGAACUACACCGACGAGGCAGACGAUGAUUACGCCGACGGCCAUUGGGAUUUUGUACUGGGUCUUGCGGGACCAGCUGCAGUUGGGCGAGGACUGGUUGGCGUUGCUGCUCUCGAAACACGCCUUCUUUCAUGAUGCACAAAGGGUGUUUGACGGUUUUUACGUGUCAGCGCGCGUUGAUAAAAGCGCGUAAUUAGGUACCCUCGGUAACCACUUUGUGGCAGACGGGAGACCCAAACGUGUAGCGUGUGACUCGGCUCGCCAUGGUGUAGCCUUGAUCACAUGACUAACGCCAUCCCCCGGUCGGAACCCUUCCUCAAUGCAUGGCGAUUGAUU